AAGUAUAAAACCUCUUGGGCUCCCUCCAGCCAGACUGUAGACCUACUGGAAACUAUAGAGACACCUGAGUGUCGCCCCACUGGCUAAACUAUCCCGUCACAAUGCUGUCACGAACGUUGAUUGUUCCUUUGAUCUUUGCUAUGGCUGGUCUUGCUCUCUCAGCCCCCAUUACUGAUGGAACAGAGGGAGAUAAUGAUGGUGCCAAAGAUGGCGAAGGCCCCACUGGCAGCCCGGUAGGUGCAGCAGCAGCCGGAGACUCUGUAGGGACCACAGAUGCGACUGACUCUAGUAAAGAGCUGGCUGGAGAUGUGAGUAGCAGUGAUACAUCCACAGACCCAAGCAAUGGAGAUACCAGCGUGGAAACCACAGGCAGUCCUGAUGCCCCUGAUGCCCCAGAUGCAGCUGAAGCAGCAGGCAGCCAAGAUACAACUGAUGCAGCUGAAUCAGCAGAUGUGGAUAAGUCUCCAGAAGAUGACUCCACAGAGUCUCCAGAGAGUGAUUCCACAGAGUCUCCGGACAGUGACUCCACAGAGUCUCCUGACAGUGACUCCACAGAUCAAGUGUUGACAGAUGUGCAAGCUGACUCUGACGUGACCAGUGAUGACACGGAGCAGGCCAUGGAGACAGACAAAGAUGACGACAAGAGUGACUCAGCUCAAGAGGAUGCAGAUGGGAAGGAUACUGCAGGUGAAGAAGAAAUAUUCGAUAAUGACUCUGCAGAUGCUGCCACAGACAAAGACGAUAGUGAUGAGGAUAAGGACAUUGAACUAGAUGGUAAGGCUCCUGCAGAAGAGAAGGACAGCGCAGAAGACACAGAGACAGAGGAAGCGACGGACAGCGACAGCAAACAAGACGACGCAGACUCAGACACUAAGGAUGACAAGCCAGACAAAGACGACAAGAAAGACAGCACAGAUGACAGCAAAGACAGCGACAGCUCAGACGACCGCAAAGACAGCAGCGAAGAAGAGGCCCAGGUUCCGGAGGAGGAACCAGAGCACCAGGAAAUAGAAGAAAAGGACAGAGAGAGCCAACAGGACACCUCAGAAGAAAACGACAAGCCAGACAAAGAAGAUGAGAAAGACAGCGACAGCUCAGAAGAAGAUGAGAAAGACAGCGACAGCUCAGAAGAAAACGACAAACCAGACAAAGAAGAUGAGAAAGACAGCGACAGCUCAGACGAAAACGACAAGCCAGACAAAGAAGAUGAGAAAGACAGCGACACCUCAGAAGAAAACGACAAACCAGACAAAGAAGAUGAGAAAGACAGCGACAGCUCAGACGAAAACGACAAGCCAGACAAAGAAGAUGAGAAAGACAGCGACAGCUCAGACGAAAACGACAAGCCAGACAAAGAAGAUGAGAAAGACAGCGACAGCUCAGAAGAAGAUGAGAAAGACAGCGACAGCUCAGAAGAAAACGUCAAGCCAGACAAAGAAGAUGAGAAAGACAGCGACAGCUCAGAAGAAAACGUAAAGCCAGACAAAGAAGAUGAGAAAGACAGCGACAGCUCAGACGACAGCAAAGACAGCAGCGAAGCGGAUGUCCAGGUCUCGGAGGAGGAACCAAAGCAGCAGGAAAUGGACAUGAAGGAGAGAGGUGACGUGGGGGAAGAGCAGGCCAGCCCUGAAGACAACAUCAAGGAGGGAAGCCCUGUAGGGAGCCAAGACUUUGAGCCUCUACAGGAUUCGGAGGAGGAGGCGGAGAUGGAGUCAAAGGAGGAGGGGAAGCUGGAGGAGGCGGAGAAGGAGGAGGAGGAGCUGGAUGCGGAGAUGAACCUAGACACAACAGAGUCUGACAGUAAGGAGGACAGUAAGGAUGACAGUAAGAAUGAGAUUAAGGAUGAGAGUGAGGAUAAGACUGAGGCUGACGCAGACUCCAACAGUGAAGAGGACACUGAUGAUAGCAUGAUGAAGGAGCCCAAAGAUUCUGAUGAUGCUGACAAAGAUGACAAGGAUGCCUCUGACUCAGAGGAUGACAAAUCUGAAUCUGAUGCAGAGCCAGGCACAGAUUCACACAAAGAUGAGGAUGAGACCGACGAGGAUUCCCAUGAUGUGUCAGAGUCCAUGGCGAAAGAUGACGAUAUGGAUGAUGAUGACAUGAUUGGGGCAGAAACAAUGGCUCUAGAUUCAGAAGCUGUUCCAGCUGACAUUCUGGACCAACCAGACCAACAGGAUUACAUGACACAGGGUGCCUCUCACGGCGCUGAUGCACUGGCAGCCCAGUCUUAGCCCCGUGGGUUGAGGCCACAUGACGCUGUGAAUGGAAGCAGACAGUUUGAUAGUCCCAUCAUGGUGAAUCCCACUUAAAAACCAACAAGUCCUCCUGUAGUCAUGACAACAAACAGCGUGAAAUAAACUUACGUUCCUUAACCCUCUCUUGCCACUCAAAAUGGUGAAGGUGUCAACGGGGAUGCAAUUAAAUUAUUCUACUGUUUUGGUGUACCUUACAUUUUUACCCACUUUUUGACUGCAUUGUUGUUUUUUUGGCAUCUCAAGGGUAGUUUAAUAUUUGAUCAUGGAGAAUAUAUAUUUUUUCAACUUUGUUUUUUGUUAAAGACAGUUUAUUUAAGUUGUGACAUCAUCAUUAUACAAGUUACACCCCUGUCUUAUCAACUAGCGUGUUGAUAAAAUGGUCAACAUGUUGCCUUACAAUGCCCUUGAAAAAAACAGAAGUCUGUUUUUUUUAAGAUAGCAUUCAGUCGUUGUAGGUUUGCUAGGUUUCUGCAGGUUGUGGGUUACUACAGGUUUCCUCCCGCUUUCAUAUGAUGCAUUGCUGUCUCAGUCCUUGACAGAAAGCUCAAUUGGCACUUUUUCCUUAACCGAUAAUGGCUGCUACAUUUGAAAAAUAACUCCUACUGGCUCAGUUCAACAUUCAUUUUAAAGUUAUGAGUAACAUAAGGUUCUUUAUAAAAAAUGAAGUGUACAUACAAUGUCUUUGAUUAAGUAUAAUCUACAUUGGAUGGACAAAUGGUAAAAUAACAAUUGCAUAGACAUCAUGAGAAUUUAAUUUCAUAACUGUAUGCACACAGGGGGAAAAUCUAAUAAAUAUUGAGUUGUCAGAUCA